AUGUGUCUCCAGGGUGUUAAAAAAUUCAUCACCAACUUGGCUGAGCAAAUAUCACAAAGAGCCUCUGAGCCUCUCCCUUCAAUCUUCUUGCAACGUGAGGAUACAUUAAGGCCGACUGCGAUGGGUUCCAGGUUUGAAGAACAUCUUCUCUCAGAAUACGACAGUACGACACUGACUCGUUACAUUCUUGAAUCUGAGUCAUGCAAGGACUCUUCCAGAGUGUUUUUCCUCUCUCCAAACCUCAUAGCAAAACAGUUCUUGUGUGGUGAGGAAAUAGGCAUGCUUAAUGCCCUGCAACUCGCAACAAUCCUUGGGGUCAGAGUGCCGGACAUAAAGCGGACGAUCAAGACAGAUGAGAAUGUUUAUAUUAUUAUGGAGCGGAUUCGUGGACAGACUUUGGAAGAAGCCUGGAUUCAUCUCAGCUGGUUUAUGACUUUGCGACUGGCCUUUCAACUGCGCCAGUUUAUCCACCGGAUGAGAGCCCAGACGUCAACUACUGCUGGAUCUCUCUCUGAUGGAGCAUGCACGUCAGUCUGGAUAGAUGAUUAUUAUGGGCUCCCUUCACACGCAAGCCCAGAAUCCAUCUCAGCCUUUAUCCACUUCUGGCUCAAUUUUGUUCCACCAUCGCGAUAUAAACCCGGGAAGCAGCACUAUAAAGAAUUCUUGUCUCAACAUCAUGUCCCAUUGGUAUUCACGCAUCAAGACCUCGCCCCACGGAAUAUAAUUGUUGAUGACAGAUGCCACCUUUGGCUAUUGGAUUGGGAUCAUUCUGGUUGGUAUCCUGUUUAUUUUGAAUAUGCAUCAAUGCAAAACUUUGAUGUACCUUCAAGUUGGAGGUGGACCGACAGGUUACGCUGGAAGUUGUUCAGCUGGAUUUCGGUCGGGCUAUUCCCUCAAGAGCACAGGGCCCUCGAACAAGCCAGAAUGCGAUUCACUCGCCACCCACUCGGCCGGAAAAAUGAAGUGUUACCAGAAGGAGUUCCGGCUCGUGCAGUGCACUUGCGAAAGCCAGGAAUGUGA